UUUUCAUCUGCGCAGAGCUUUGGACAGAGGCUGGGUGGUCAGCAAGAAGCAUGUGGAAGACAUUUUCCCCUGCCAGCUUUCCACCACACGCAUCUCCAUCACAGCAGAGCAGAGCAGAGCAGAGGGCGGAGGCUGGGAAAGAGUGCUGCUCUGAGUCUGGAGGCAUGAGGACAGCAGUGUAAGGACCGGCGUGAGGAAGGGUAGAGUCACACAGGGACGUACACUGCUGCUGCUGUUUCUGCAGGAGCCGCUGGCUGACUACAGUGAGAUUUGGCAUGAAGAGGUUUACAACUGAAUGGAAUGAACAUGUAAGGGGCCUUCAAGCACCUGGGCUAAAAACCUUGCUUUCAUGUACAAAAGACUGCAGCUGCAGCACCACACCUGAAACCUAGAAGGCCGAAGCCAUUCAUUCAUCAACAGUGGUGCAGACCCAUAAGGCAGAUCAAGGCCUGUGUGCAUGUGCAGCGCUGUAGUGAUUAGUGGGUAGCGCGUGGGCACUAAUGGCAUCUGCGGAUCACCAGUGCGAACGACACCCUACAGAUGCCCACAAACAUGACGGCAGCCGCCCUGCGGGUCCAGUCUGUCCUGUCCACAGUCCUGUGGCUGAGGAGGCCAAGAGGACCCGAAAGGCUCUCGGCCGACACCGAGACUACGUCAAGAUCUCGGUGCCGGAGGGCAGGGCCCACAGGCUGCCCAUGGAGUGGUGGAAGACACUCAUCACCUUCGUGUAUGCUGCCUUCAACCUGGUGCUGACCACAGUGAUGAUAACAGUGGUGCAUGAAAGAGUUCCAGCCAAAGAGAGCAGCCCACCGCUCCCCGACAAGUUCUUCGACUACAUCGACCGCGUGAAGUGGGCGUUCACAGUGACCGAGGUCAACGGCAUGGUGCUGGUGGGGAUUUGGUCCCUGCAGUGGCUCUUCCACAAAUACAGGUCCAUUCUGGGCAGGAGGUUCUUCUUCCUCAUGGGCACGUUGUACCUGUAUCGCUGCGUCACUAUGUACAUCACCACUCUGCCUGUGCCCAGCAUGCACAUGACCUGUGCCCCGAAGCUUUACGGCGACUCUCAGGCUAAGUUACAGCGUGUGCUGCAGCUGAUCUCUGGAGCUGGACUGUCCAUCACCGGCUCACACAUCAUGUGUGGGGAUUUCCUGUACAGUGGCCAUACAGUCAUGCUGACACUCACAUAUCUCUUCAUCAAGGAGUAUUCUCCACGCUCCUUCUGGUGGUACCACCUGCUCUGCUGGCUCCUGGCUGCAGUCGGGGUAGUGUGUAUCCUAGUGGCUCACGAGCACUACAGUGUGGACGUCGUGGUUGGCUAUUUCAUCACCUCACGCCUCUUCUACUGGUAUCACACCAUGGCCAAUGUACAGGUUCUGCGGAACUCACCCAACUACCUCACCCACACCUGGUGGAACCCCAUCUUUAACUUCCUCGAGCGCAAUGUCCAGUCCCAAGUGCCUUGCUCUUUCUGCUGGCCUGUCACAUGGCCCCCGGCCUGCCUGAAGAACCCCUGCAAGAAGUACUCCAUGGUGAACAGCGUACGGGAGGAGUGACAGCAUCACAUAUUUUACCAGAACUGUGCUUUUUUUUAAUGCCAUGACGAUGACACUGUAUUCAUGGCUGCCUGAAAUGUACAUAGAUCAUACCAAAGAGGUUGUGAGAUAAUCACUGGCUCAGGUUUAAGCAGAAUUAAAGAGAGGAAAAUAUGUUUAGUCUGUUUUUUAAAUGGGUAAAAAUAUGCAAACUUUAAUGUAACAUGACCAGUUACUGUUUUUAUAGAUGAAUAUCCAAGAACUUAUAUGAAUAGUAUUCUUCAGUCAGUUCUGUUGAGCAAAUAGUUUUCAUGUUUUUCCCACAUGUUGACCUGUUUAAUUAGAUGAAUUAGAUUAAAUUGUUUUGGUUAGUUUGUUUCACAUCUUCUUUUUGCUAUUACAAAUUUGAAUCCAAAAGGGUUUUUUUUUGUACUGUCGCAAAUGUGCCUUUCUAAUGCAUGCAGUGUUUCUUUCUUUUUAUUAUUUAUCAAUUUCUGUUCUUUUUUUUUAAUACAAAAGUUAACAUUAAAUGUUUGACAAAUCAGAGACUGCACUUUUUUUCAAUUCACAUAAGCAGG